AUGAUUCAAUGGCAUCAGGAGCAACUCACGACCCUGGAGCGGCGGCUCGCGGAGUGGGCGGAGGAGCAGGACGUCCGAUGGCGCGCGUUUGGCGAGGACGUCGAGCGGCGGAUGCGGGAGAUCGGCGACGCCCACGGAUCCAUCACGGAUUCCAAUCCCGCCAAGGCGCCUCAUCGCGGGGGGGAUUGGAUGAAGGAAGCCGAGGAGCGAGCGGUCGGGGUGGACGACGACGAUCACGCGGCGUCUGCGGCUUCCGUGAAGCCCCUGAAGGAGGCGCUUCUUGCCCUCGAGCAGCAGCUUGGCGAGGUGGCAACCUCGAGCGAGGUGGGAUUGAAGGCGACCGCGGACGCCCUCACUGGACUUCGCGACUCCCUGCAGCAAUGUGUGAGCUGCGUGAAGCAGGAGUUGCGGGGGGAUAGCCUGAUGCUGCGCAUCAUAAAAGGCGGUGAGGUCCCUCUCUCCCCCUCAGCCGUGCUCCCUAGCCAGUGUGAGCCAAACGCAAACGACGAGGCCACGCUCGAGGCGUUGCCCAAACUCGAGGCCCUUGAUGAGGUCUUUGUGCUCUUUAUGAGGCAGCUCAGCUACGUUUGCCAUGGGCUUGCCACUCUUCAAGAAAACGCGUUUGCGACUCUGGAGUUGGUGCAGCAGCAAGAGAUGAGCAUCCUUGCCAUCCCAACGCUUCAGGAGGCGGUUUUGCAACUCGCCUCUCAGCUGAAAAGAGUGAGUGUGGCCCUGCCGGAGCUAGGGGAGUGGAAUUCAGGGAUUGAGGAGGUGAUGCAAUCCACCAUGUUGAGGUCACAGGAAAUUGAAAUCGACGAACAAUGA